AUGCCGGCAUCACUCUGGCACUGGCAGUACUUCCAAACCCGCCCACACAACCUUAAGUCCCCUGGUGACAGGGACCACUAUAAUGGUGGUAUCUACGCAAACACCUGGUGUCGCACAUGCAUUGCAUCAUGUAUCAGUGUUAUGGAGCAAGAAGAUCAAAAGGCACUGGAGGAGGGCGUCAUCUCCAAAGUUCGACCACAAAAUGAACUUCUUCGUCAAGCACUUUCACUUGUUCGCCCUAUCCCUGGUCGCAGAGAGGCGUUUGAGGCGCAUAUACGCAGCUGUGAACAAAUCCCACCGGAGGCCAAGGAUAGGUUGGCCUCAGAGCGCAUGCGUACUCACUCCUUGACCCCAAAUACUGAGAACCAUAGCAAAUUGUCACCGCAUCCAGCCCCGGCCACAAUCUACAACUUACUGUCAAAGGAGCAACAGGACGAGUUCAACUUUGACCUCUGUAAGUUGUGGAUUGCAAAUGGAUUUGCCUGGCACGCAAUCAACGCACCCGAAACAUAUAAAUUUUUUCAAAAAUGGCUACCUGGUGCAACAUUACCCGAUUGUCACAAACUGUCAGGGCCUAUCCUUUGGACUCAGCUUGAGGCUGCAAAUACCUCAAUGCACAAUGCAAUUUCAGGUCGGUUAGCUACAGGCAUGAGUGAUGGAUGGAAGAAUGUUAGGUGUAAUGCGUUGAUCGCCUCUAUGCUCUCAGUUGAUUACAAGACUUACACUGUUCGUGUGCACGAUCUGUCAGCGCAACACAAGACAGCCGAGAACCACUUGAAGCUUGUACUUAGUGACAUAGACAAGACCAAGAAGGAGCAUAACGUCCGUGUUAUUGCUUGGGUUUCUGAUGCAGGAGGCGACUCACGAGCCAUGCGAGUCCAACUUCACCGUUUACGCCCUCACAUUUUGGUAUUUGACUGCUGGGCACACCAGAUUAACCUUGUUGUUGGUGAUAUCAUGAGCCUAACCUCACGGCUUGUUGACACCGCAGAUGAUGCAAUCAAUAUCAUCAAGUGGAUGCUCAACCAUUUGUACCUACUUGGACUCUUCCGUCAGGAGCAAGCCCGAGAUGGCAGGAAGCCUCGCAGUCUUGCACUUCCUGUUCUCACUCGAUGGACCUCACACUUCCUUUCGUUCCGUAGCUUAUUGUCCGAGUCUCAAUCACUUCGUGCUCUUGCUGCCCGUAAUCCCAAAGAAUUUCGAGCAAGUGCAGGGCGAACCCCCGAGUUGGUUCAGCAAGCCAAAACAGUUUUGAAAAACAUUGACGAUCCUGAAUUUUGGCUUAGAUUGAACGAGCUUAAGCUGUAUCUUGAACCGCUUGCAAUUGCAGCAAAUGUCUCCCAGGCUGCAACUACGAGGCUUGACCAUAUUCUGGUUGAGCUUGGCCGGUUGUACUACACAUUCUCGAAUCUCGGAUUCAAUCCAAAGAUUCGCGAGUGCGUAUUGGAGAGCCUGGAGCGUCGCUGGGGCAAGGCAGACCAAGAUCCGUUUAUCCUGGCUGUCUUCCUCAACCCUUUCAUUCGAGCUCGCCUGUUUAGCCGAAAAAACACCUCACUUAAUCGAUCAGCGCUCUACGGCAUUGUCAAGCGUGUGUUUCGACGAGUCUUUUGUAAAGAAAACGACCUCGAAUUGUACAAAGCGUUCCUCGAUUACUACAACUCCCGGAACGAAUUUCAUCCAGAUCGAUGGGAUUACGAAGAGCAGCGAGCAAUGCACGAGCGAGCGGGUAAGCCGCUCAAUAUGAUUCAUGUCUGGUCGGGGCUUCUUGCCUACGAAACACCAAACUCUGGACGUCACCAGUUAGCUCACUUGGCAAUACACGUCUUGUCGAUUGUUGCUAACUCGGCUGGCUGCGAGCGACUAUUCAGCGAGAUGGGACACAUUCACACAAAGCGGCGUAAUCGGCUGGGAUACCAGAAGGUAUUUGACACCGCGGUUGUGCGUAUGGACCUCAAACGCAAGCACGCAGAUGAGGGGAGGACACGUUCAAGGCUGAAGCGCCAGUUUGGCUCCCCAGCUCUCGAUUCUGUGGUUUCGGGGGCUGGCGCCAAAAGAAAUAACCAACCCGACGAGCUUGCAGAGUCUAUUGGCGAUGUCGAUGCAAUCGAAGAGGAGCUGGUUACUCCGAGCGUGCGUUCGCUCAUAACGCAACUUCGUCAAGAUGUACUCGAUGACGAAGAUCCAUUAGAUGACGAGCCCGAUGAACCGCCCGUCGCUACGCUCCCGAAAAAGGUUCGGUUAUUUUUCGGCACUCAGUUUCCUAUCCCACUACGUGAUCUCUUCGACUACUCUCGUAACACUGAGUCUGAAGUGCAUGGGCUGGAUUUUUUCAAGUCCAACGGGCUUAAUAACUUGGACGCAGAGCUUGAGCUCUAUGGGUUAGUUACUCGGGACAUACAAAAAGGCCUGGAGAUUGAUGAUUCAACCGUAUAA